AGUAACGCGUCUUUCUUCUCAGUCUUUCCUCUAUCAUCUCAGAUCUCCAUUUUCACUAGAAUUAAAACGUAGAUUUCUAAAAAAUAAAAAUCGAGUGUUCUAUUCCAGCCUAAAAUGAUCGGAUGUACUUGAUUUUAAGCUUCUAAUCAUUCACAUAACCAUCUCUACAUCUAAAAGAAAUGCGUGAGAUGGAUACCAAAAAUUGAUAAAGCAGUAGCAGAGACCAUGAAAGAAGAGAAGAAGAACGAAGGAGGAGGAAAGAAAGAUGAAGGAAUUGUUAUUGUUGCUUAGAAAGUCCAGAAACCUGUUAGACACUUUGAAGUAAUGAAUCGUCAAUUUUUGAAAGAAUAGAAACGUUAAGAAGAGGAACGGGAACAAGAAGAUUAGGAAGAUGAACGGGAACAACAAACAAGAACCAUUGCCAACGUUCCCCGAAGAUAUCAUCGUUGAAAUCCUUUCGAGGUUACCGCUGAGGUUUCUCUUACAGUCCAGGUGUGUAUGCAAACCUUGGAGUAUCUUACCUAAUAAUAACCCAAAACUUAUCCAGGUGAAGAAAAGUAGCUUUAGUCUAAUGCUUAUAGACGGUGAAAGAAGACUGCUCUCUUUGGAUAAUAAUUCAUUGUCAUCAUCGUUAUUUGAUGGUAUCGACGGCCGUGUUAAGAAGAUUCGUUGUCCACUCAUUUCCUUGGACUGUGAUCUUAAAAAUGUAAAUUUUGUGGGUUCUUGUAAUGGCUUGUUUUUCCUAUAUCGCGAAGAGAUCGAUCACUUUUUUUCGUGGAACCCAUGUUUAUGGAACCCAUCUACCCAUGAGUUCAAAUAUCUACCAAGACCUGGAUUUCCAGUGAAUGAGACUCGCUGCAUUCUACACAGAGGACAUGGGUUUGGUUAUGAUGCAAAGAGUGAUGAUUACAAGUGUGUACGUAUUUUCCAUUAUUCAGCCGAGAGCCAUUCUCAUAUUCACAUGUAUUCAUUCAGAUCGAAUACAUGGGAAUUAAGAUAUAUGCCAUAUGCAUUGACCACUGAAGACGAAUGCUUUCGAGCACCAAAUGGGGUCUUUUGUAAUGGAGCUCUUCAUUGGUUCACACAUGGCGUCAAAGUCUUAAUAGCUAUUAAUAUGACAGGUGAGGGAAUCAGAGAAAUUCCACAACCAGAAGGUGUCGAAAAUUUUGGAAACCGUAGACAUAUUGACGUUUUGGACGGGUAUCUUUGCAUUCUUAAUAGUAGUUUUUUUACUGCUUACGAAGUAUGGCUAAUGAAGGAUUAUGGAAUGAGAGAAUCGUGGACCAAAGUAUACAACAUACCGAGACUGACAUUAGAACUUGAAGCCCAAACAUAUGUGUACAUGAAGAAGAUCGAGUGUUUAAAAACUGGUGAGGUUCUACUUGAGGUUCAAUACGGCUAUACAAAGACAGCGGCCUUGGUAUUAUAUGACCCAAAGAAUGAGACGGCUAAGUAUUUGAAGCUGUAUAAAAAUUUUGGGGAUUAUUCAAUCUUACGAUCAGUAUCCUAUAGGUAUGUGAAGAGCUUAGUCAGACUUAACUCUGAUUCUCAUGUCAAGGAUAACAAGCUAAAAGAUGAUCAACUGAGAGCAUUGUCCAUAAGGGAUUGAAGAAACACCUACAAAAGGAAAAAGGGUUGAUGCAUUAGGUAAGCAAGAACUAGAAGGGACACAUUACUCGGGCAGAAGCUAUGGUCAUGCUGCAAGCUGCCAGGUGGGUGAAAGAUAUGGAGCUGUCGUAUACUUUAUGUUUGAAGGAAAUAAUCAAUCAGUCAGACAAUGUAAUGGGAAGAUCAAUAUCUUCACAAUGAGUGUCACUCUUUACUAAAGAGUUUAGUGUGUUUUAAUGUUUGCUUCAAAAAAUCGAGUCUGUAAUGGUAUCACUGAUGUUUUAUCCCAGUUUGCUAGAGUUCAAGUUAGUAGUCCUAAAUUGUGUAAAGCCCCUCAGGUCUUUAUUUCUGAAUGUGUUAGAGAAAGAGUCGGACAUUGCUUAAUUUGGUGCUACGACAACAUCUUCGCUUUAAUGAAUUUUCCAGCUCUCUCUUUUUCUCUGGC